AUGACUGCCGCCGCUGCUGCAGCUGCCGCUCGGUGCGUCCCGCACCGGGCGUCCCCGCCGGAGACCGCGAAGGCCCCCGCCUCCAUCCCCACCUCCUCGGCCGCCACUGCAUCUGCUCUCCUCCCGCGCCGCCGUCGCCGCGGGACGCGGCCGCCGGCUCCCGGCGCCGCCGCUCCGGUGCUCCUCCUCGUCUCCGGAGAACACUGCCCCGCCGGAUCUUGGCUUGCUUCUGGAGGUGGAAGGACAAAUGUUGAAAGUGGAUGGAAUUGGGUUUGCUCAGAGAUAAUUGGUGCAGACAAGUGCCACAGUCAAGCGAUAGUUCUUGCGGAUGUCUACCGUUUCGGCAAUCGCCAAGCUUUCAAUGUAGCAUUUCGAAGCCUCGGGCUAGAUUGUGCAAAUUGGACAGAGCCAAUAUAUGCUGAUUUGGUGAGGAAAGCUCGUGGUGAUGAGGAAAGGAUGCUGGCAUUAUUCUUUGACAGGAUUGGCUGGCCUACAUCAUUGCCAACUAGUGAGAAAGGGUCAUUUAUAAAAAGUGUUCUCCGUGAGAAGCUUUGGAAGAGUUCUCAGCUUCUGAUAGCUUACCACUCACGGCCUGGAGUUGAAACGUUCAUUGAUGAUGCACUUAGUGAGGGUGUCCCUUUGGCCAUAUUGGCUGCAUAUGGGAGAAAUGGAGAAAAGAUUUCAAGAUCUAUAGCUAUGAAGCUGGGCCCUGAAAGAAUCUCGAAAAUAAAGAUUGUUGGAAAAGUUGAGGUUGAAGAAAGCUUUUAUGGGCAACUUGUUCUUGGUAAAGGAGUCACAUCUGGUGUGGAUGAGCAACUUGUCAGGGAAGCCCAAAAGGCUGCUUCUGCAGAGAAGCAGAGGAUUGCAGAAGAGGUUGCAUCAAUCCUAAAACUCAGUGUUGACAUCACAGCAUCCGAAAGCUCAGAAAAGGUAAUAGCAGCUCUCCGAACUGGUUCUGAAUAUGUUGGGUGUGACGUGCAAAAUUGUGUUCUUGUUGCGGGCAGCCAAUCUGGUGUCCUUGCAGCUGAACGCAUUGGCAUGCCAUGCAUAGUUGUUCGAAGCAGCUUUACUGCAAGAGCAGAAUUUCACUCUGCAAAGGCCGUUAUGGAUGGAUUCAGGGAACACAGACUUAACCGUUUCAAAACUACUGAGCAAAAGGUUUGGUCUGCACUGACUUGGUUGACAAACUCAUGCGACGCGACACGGUGUUCGACCGCUCCAGAUCUUAACGGCACACUCGCCCCCGCCCCUGUGGAGGUCGUUGGUGCCACCACAGGCCGCUCCGGAUCCCAAUGGCCCACCUCAGAUCCCACCCAACCACAGCUUGAAUUGAACGUAGAAUGGACUAGGGUGGGCAACCUCGAACUCAGCGGAGAAGUGACUAGGGUGGGUGACCUCGGAUCCAAUGCAGAAGGGGCCAAGAUAUCUCUUAGCAUCGCACUCUCUGGUCGUGCAUGUAGUGUCCAUUCUAAGUAUGGGAAGCAUCUGGAAAUAGGGACAUGUUGGCAGCCACUAUGCUUCCUCAAUUCAAUCAUCCAUAGUGUCGGUGCCAUCUACGGACAAGGCAAGGUUAGGGACAUGUUGGCUGCCACACAGGUUGACAUGAUGGCUGAGGCAUGCGCGGUGGAUGGGGUGCUCCUUUUAAACCAUUUCUGCCAGAGCUGUCAGUGCUGUUCAACUCCCCAUGGAAUCCCUGAAGCAGCACGAAUUUUGGAGCAAGCUGAUUUUGUUGAGCACGAAUACUAA